AUGGAGUACUUCAGCGAGCAGCUGGCGCAGCGCGACGUGGCGCGGCGGCUGCAGCUGGGCCACGAGCUGCUCGGCUACCUGGGCGAGCCGGCGCGCAGCGGCGACCUGGAGCAGGACGCGCAGCGCCUCGACAGGGUCAUCGACGAGCUCGCCGCCUGGCUCGCCUCCAGCAACUUCAAGGUGGCAUUACUGGGACUAGAUGUUUUAGGUGCCUUUGUCGACAGACUAUCAGGACGCUUUAAAUCCUAUAUAGGAACUGUUCUUCCAYCUUUGAUAGAUCGUAUGGGAGAUGCCAAAGACCAAGUUCGAGAGCAAGCACAGAAUCUUAUACUGAAAUUGAUGGAGGAGGCAGCACCACCCAUGUACGUUUGGGAACGCCUUGUUGUUGGCUUUAAACACAAGAAUUACCGAUCCCGAGAAGGAGUGUGUUUGUGUCUUACUGCAACCUUAAACACUUACGGGGCGCAGUCUUUAGUUCUCAGCAAGUUGGUACCACAUCUGUGUGUGCUGUUUGGUGACUCGAACAGUCAGGUGAGAGAUGCUGCCAUACUCGCCAUUGUAGAAGUUUAUAGACAUGUGGGCGAGAAGGUGCGAAUAGACCUUAACAAGAGGGGAAUUCCUCCUGGAAGGUUACAAACCAUCUUUGCAAAAUUUGAUGAAGUGAAAAACUCUGGAAAUAUGAUUUCAAGCAGCAUCAGUGAUAAAAGCUUCGAUGAUGAAGAGUCAGUGGAUGGAAAUAGGCCAUCAUCAGCUGCUUCAGCAUUCAAGGUUCCUGCACCCAAAAAGCCAGGAAAUCCUUCAAACAGUGCAAGAAAGCCAGGUUCAGCUGGUGGGCCUAAGGUUGGAGGUUCCUCUAAAGAAGGAGGGGCUGGAGCAGUGGAUGAAGAUGACUUUAUUAAAGCAUUUACAGAUGUUCCUACUGUACAGAUCUAUUCUAGUCGAGAACUUGAAGAAACGUUAAACAAAAUCAGGGAAAUUCUUUCAGAUGACAAACAUGAUUGGGAUCAACGAACUAACGCGCUCAGGAAAGUUCGGUCCCUGCUUGUGGCUGGAGCUGCGCAGUACGAUGGAUUUUUUCAGCAUUUGCGGUUGUUGGAUGGGGCUUUCAAGCUGUCAGCCAAGGAUCUCCGAUCCCAGGUGGUCAGAGAAGCCUGCAUUACUGUGGCCCAUCUUUCAACCGUUCUGGGGAACAAGUUUGAUCACGGCGCCGAAGCUAUUGUGCCUACGCUUUUUAACCUGGUUCCCAACAGCGCCAAAGUAAUGGCAACUUCUGGGUGUGCAGCCAUUAGGUUUAUUAUUCGGCAUACCCAUGUGCCCAGACUUAUACCUUUAAUAACAAGCAACUGUACCUCAAAAUCAGUUCCAGUUAGAAGGCGCUCUUUUGAGUUUUUAGACCUGUUGUUACAAGAGUGGCAAACCCAUUCGCUGGAAAGGCAUGCAGCUGUCUUGGUUGAAACCAUCAAGAAGGGUAUUCAUGAUGCUGAUGCAGAGGCAAGAGUGGAGGCAAGAAAGGCUUAUCUGGGUCUCAGAAAUCACUUUCCCGGUGAAGCAGAGACUCUGUACAACUCUCUUGAGCCACCCUAUCAAAGAAGCCUCCAGACCUACCUGAAGAAUUCCGGCAGCAUCGCAUCCCUCCCUCAGUCAGACCGGUCAUCCUCCAGUUCCCAGGAGAGCCUCAAUCGUCCUCUAUCUUCUAAAUGGUCUGCAGCCACCCCCGGAAGCCUUGCUGGCAGAGUUUCAGGCGGCGGCGGCGGCGGCAGGAGCGUGGGCAGCCCGGGAGGCCUGCAGCGGUCCCGCAGCGACAUCGACGUGAACGCGGCGGCGGGGGCCAAGGCCCGGCACGGCGCCGCGCAGGGCGCCGGCCGCCUCUCYGCAGCCGGCCUGCCGCCCGGCUCCUACGCCUCGCUCGAGGAUACUUCUGACAAGAUGGAUGGAACAGCUUCUGAAGAUGGACGCGUACGAACAAAGCUUUCAACGCCAUCUGUUGGUAUUGGAAAUUCCAAAACGGAUUCCAGAGGACGCAGCAGAACCAAAGUGGUGUCUCAGUCGCAGCCUGGCAGCAGAUCUGGGUCUCCUGGAAGAGUUUUGACAACAACUACGCUCUCCACUAUGAACACAGGGGUUCAGAGAGUGCUGGUGAAUCCUGCAGCUGCACAGAAACGAAGCAAAAUCCCCCGAAGUCAGGGAUGCAGCAGAGAAGCUAGUCCUUCUAGAUUGUCAGUAGCGCGAGGCAGCCGCAUUCCUCGGCCUAGUGUGAGUCAGGGCUGCAGUCGGGAGGCGAGCCGCGAAAGCAGCAGGGACACGAGCCCUGUCCGCUCUUUCCCACCCCUCGCUUCCAGGCAUCACUCCAGAUCCACCGGUGCCCUCUACGCUCCUGAUGCUUAUGGGGCUGCAGGUGCAGGCUUUGGAAUCAGUCAGUCGAGCAGACUCUCGUCGUCCGUUAGCGCAAUGCGAGUCCUCAACACAGGUUCUGAUGUGGAAGAAGCAGUAGCAGAUGCUUUGCUCUUAGGAGACAUACGGACCAAGAAGAAGCCCGUGCGCAGGCGCUACGAGUCCUACGGGAUGUACUCGGACGAUGAUGCCAACAGCGACGCGUCGAGUGCCUGCUCGGAGAGGUCCUACAGCUCGCGCAACGGGAGCAUCCCGACCUACAUGCGGCAGACGGAGGACGUGGCAGAGGUGCUGAACCGCUGCGCGAGCUCCAACUGGUCUGAGCGAAAAGAAGGUCUGCUAGGGCUGCAAAAUUUAUUGAAAAAUCAGAGGACUUUAAGUCGUGUUGAAUUGAAAAGGUUGUGUGAAAUCUUCACAAGGAUGUUUGCUGAUCCUCACAGUAAGGUGUUCAGCAUGUUCCUGGAGACGCUCGUGGACUUCAUCCAGGUCCAUAAGGAAGAUCUGCAGGACUGGCUGUUUGUGUUGCUGACACAGCUGCUGAAAAAAAUGGGGGCUGAUUUACUUGGCUCUGUGCAGGCAAAAGUUCAGAAGGCACUUGAUGUCACAAGGGAAUCUUUUCCAAACGAUCUUCAGUUCAGUAUUUUAAUGAGAUUUACUGUUGAUCAGACUCAGACACCUAGCCUGAAGGUCAAAGUCGCAAUCCUUAAGUACAUAGAGACUCUCGCACAGCAGAUGGAUCCAGGAGAUUUUGUAAAUUCAAGUGAAACCAGGUUAGCAGUGUCUCGAAUCAUCACCUGGACCACAGAACCGAAAAGCUCAGACGUUAGGAAGGCUGCACAGUCAGUGCUGAUUUCCCUUUUUGAACUCAAUACACCAGAGUUUACAAUGCUGUUAGGUGCUUUACCAAAAACAUUUCAGGAUGGAGCCACRAAACUUCUCCACAAUCAUCUGCGAAACACAGGCAACAGCAGUCAGGGACCCAUGGGAAGUCCUUUGACAAGACCUACUCCACGCUCGCCAGCCAGUUGGUCGAGUCCCCUCACUUCCCCAACCAACACAUCCCAGAACACUUUGUCACCAAGUGCAUUUGACUAUGACACAGAAAACAUGAAUUCUGAAGAUAUUUACAGUUCUCUUCGUGGAGUCACUGAAGCCAUUCAGAAUUUCAGUUUUCGUAGUCAAGAAGAUAUGAAUGAGCCUGUAAAACGAGAUUCCAAAAAAGACGAYGGUGAUUCGAUUUGCAGUGCAUCUGGAAUAGUGGACCUGCGAGCGGGAGGUGGUGUAGGUGAUACAGGCCGGACAGCUCUCGACAACAAAACCUCCCUACUGAACACAAUGCCUCCCCACUCCUCRCCACGUUCCCGAGAUUACAAUCCAUACAACUAUUCAGAUAGUAUAAGUUCAUUUAAUAAAUCCGCUUUGAAGGAAGCGAUGUUUGAUGAUGAUGCAGAGCAGUUCCCUGAUGAGCCUCCCAUGGACCAUUCUGAUCUGGUUGCAGAAUUACUGAAAGAAUUAUCAAACCAUAAUGAGAGAGUUGAAGAAAGAAAAGCUGCCCUCUAUGAGCUCAUGAAGUUAACUCAAGAGGAAUCUUUUGGGGUUUGGGAUGAGCAUUUCAAAACAAUACUACUUCUGCUGCUUGAAACACUUGGAGACAAAGAGCAUGCAAUCAGAGCCUUGGCAUUGAAAGUUCUAAGGGAAAUUCUAAGAAAUCAGCCAGCAAGAUUUAAAAAUUAUGCAGAGCUCACAAUCAUGAAGACAUUAGAAGCCCAUAAGGAUCCUCAUAAGGAGGUGGUGAGGUCUGCCGAAGAAGCUGCCUCCAUGCUGGCUACUUCCAUUAGCCCUGAUCAGUGCAUCAAAGUCCUUUGUCCAAUUAUCCAGACCGCAGAUUACCCCAUUAAUCUGGCUGCAAUCAAAAUGCAGACGAAAGUCAUAGAGAGAGUAUCUAAAGAAACCCUUGCUCAGCUUUUGCCCGAGAUUGUGCCAGGGCUAAUACAGGGUUAUGAUAAUUCGGAGAGCAGUGUUCGUAAGGCGUGUGUUUUCUGCCUUGUAGCCAUUCAUGCAGUAAUUGGUGAUGAACUAAAACCACAUCUCAGUCAACUCACUGGCAGUAAAAUGAAAUUAUUGAACCUUUACAUUAAACGUGCACAAACAGGCUCUGGACCAGGGGAUGCCACAGCAGAUGUUUCUGGACAAAGCUAAUGAAGCUGACAAGAGUGAACCAGGUCUCCUAAAGAAAGGGCAAGGCCCUCUUCACUGAAAGGAAAAUUCUUACACACAAUUUUGAAACUCCUUUUUUUGGGUUUUUUUUUUUUUUUUUUUUUUUCUUUAACCAUUGGCUGUCCUCAGCCUGCAUGUGACUGUUGCAAUAGAGUUAUUCCAAAUCCAAGACAAAAGCAGUAUUAACAUCACUCGAUCAAAACAAAAUAAAAUUUAAAAAUAAUCUAAUCCAUUAGUUUUCCUAUUCGCAAUCCUCUGUGUCUUCCCAUUAACUUUUGCCAGUGUUACUGUAUUAAUUUUUUUUUUUAAUGCUAAUUAAACAGGUAUGCUUUAAGCUUCAGAAGUUAAAAGUACAAACUCUGUUGCUUUCAUUCAGCUGCAGAUAACAUUGUUUUUAUUGCUAUUUUGUUGGAGUAUCAUGUCCUUUGCUAGAAGCAAGAAGUGAUGUGAAACAAGGCAGGACUAGUCUGAACUGCAGUGAGACUCAGUCACUGUGUUGGUGGUUCGUAUUAUUUACGGCUUGUUUGGGAUAUUCUGGAGAUUGAGAAAUAUGCCUAUAAAAAAAGCUGGCUCAGUCCAGUUCUGUAAAAGUGAUAUUGUUCAUUGGUUGUAUGUUUGUUGCAUAAAUAAGAAUUUAGUGUGAACAGUAGAGGACUAGGACAGCUGGUAGCUCCUCGUGUGGAGACGGCGCUCCCGGGGAGCCCUGCGGAGCGGGCGGCACCGGGGCCCUCUGCGCGCCGGCGGCAGCGUUCAUGGUCACUUGAUGGAUGUGAACCAUCCCUGUCACCUUUCCUUCUUCAAGCAGGAUGCUUCCGAAUGGAGUGCUCUGCCCAAGCAUGCUCAGUAUGUAUUUAUCUUUAUCACUAGAAUGUUGCCUCUCAACCUAAUCGCUGGAACCAGUAGUCUUGUAUUGUAACUCACACGGGAUUUGAUGACUACAGUGCAGAAAACAACUUAAUUGUUACCUUCCUAAAAGCACCGAGGUUUUCU